AUGCCCGACAUUCCCUGGGCUGAUUGUACGGAGGAGAUGGCCAUCUGUGGAGCCACUGUCCGCUUCGUGCAUCAGAAACCAACACUCGACGGUCCCGCAGGCCGCAGGCGCCCGAUCAUCUUCCUGCAUGGCAAUCCGAGCUGGAGCUAUAUCUGCAGAAAUAUCCUUCCUCAUCUGGUGGACCAAGGUCAUGAAGUCUAUGCGCUCGACUGGCUCGGACACGGUCGCAGUGACAAGGCGACACAUCCUGAAUCGGUUACCUUUGAACUGCAUAUUCACACGCUUAUGCAGUUGUUCAAAGUCCACAAUCUCCGCCAUGCAACCAUCGUCGCGCAUGACUGGGGUGGGUGCGUCGCGUUGUGCGCAAUCCCGCAGCUGCCUCAAAUGGCCUGCACUCGCCUCCUCCUCCUGAAUUCCUUUCUACCGCCGCGUCCGGACGAAUGGAAUCUUCACUACGGUCUACUCUAUGCCAUCUGGUUUCUUUCAACGGGCCUACUGGGCGGCUAUGUACCCGAGUCAGGGGUAAUGCGCUUCAUGUCCCCACACUUGCCGCAACCCGAGGUCGAUGGAUACAGUGCGCCGUAUCAAUCUCUCCCAGUAGCCACCAAGGCCAGUGUCUUCCGGUUUGGGCACAUUGUCCCGGUCACGCCGCGCUUUGCCUUACAUGGCCUCCGGCAGACGCGGUUGUGGAAAUUGUUGGAAGGUCUCUGCGGACCCCGUCAUUUUGACAACCUUAGUCAACAGGCCAGACUGGCAAAGCGCGGGGAGGAGGUCCGACAGAGCUGGAGAGCAGGCCUCGAGAAGGGUAACCCAGAAGUUGCGGUGGUGUUCGGAGAGCAAGACCCGCUAUUGAAGCUGUACAAGGACAUUCUCGUCGAUUGCAUUCACCCGGCACAUAUGGUUGAAUGGGCGCCACAGGGCAUGUGGCUCUCUGGAGGAGGCCACUACCCCAUGGAAGAGAAAGCGGCUGAUAUAUCCCUCUUGGCGGAGAGGCUUGCAAGCUAA